UUAAAGAUCAUCACAAGUACAAGCAUCAAAGCCAAGCAACACUAGUUAACACCAAUCCACAAUGAAGACCUUCCUCGUCUUUGCCCUCCUCGCUCUUGCGGCGGCAAGUGCCGUUGCGCAAAUUUCACAGCAACAACAACCACCACCAUUUUCGGAGCAACAACAACCACCAUUUUCACAGAAACAACAACCACCAUUUUCGCAGCAACAGCAAUCACCAUUUUCGCAACAACAACAACAACCUCCAUUUUCGCAGCAACAACAACCACCGUUUUCACAACAACCACCAAUUUCACAGCAGCAACAACCACCAUUUUCACAGCAACAACAACCACAAUUUUCACAGCAACAACAGCCACCAUAUUCGCAGCAACAACAGCCACCAUAUUCGCAGCAACAACAACCACCAUUUUCGCAGCAACAACAACCACCAUUUUCGCAGCAACAACAACAACCACCAAUUUCACAGCAGCAGCAGCAGCAACAACAACAACAACCAUUUACACAGCAACAGCAACCACCGUUUUCACAACAGCCACCAAUUUCACAGCAGCAACAACCACCAUUUUCGCAGCAACAACGACCACCAUUUUCACAGCAACAACAAAUACCAGUUAUUCAUCCAUCUGUUUUGCAACAGCUAAACCCGUGCAAGGUAUUCCUCCAGCAGCAGUGCAUCCCUGUGGCAAUGCAGCGAUGUCUUGCUAGGUCACAAAUGUUGCAGCAGAGCAUUUGCCAUGUGAUGCAGCAACAAUGUUGCCAGCAGUUGCGGCAAAUCCCCGAGAAAUCCCGCCAUGAGUCAAUCCGUGCUAUCAUCUACUCUAUCAUCCUGCAGCAGCAGCAGCAGCAACAACAACAACAACAGGGUCAGAGUAUCAUCCAAUAUCAGCAACAACAACCCCAACAGUUGGGCCAAUGUGUCUCCCAACCCCUACAGCAGUUGCAGCAGCAACUCGGGCAACAACCUCAACAACAACAAUUGGCAUACCAGAUAGCUCAGCUUGAGGUGAUGACUUCCAUUGCACUCCGUACCCUGCCAACAAUGUGCAGUGUCAAUGUGCCAUUGUACGAAACCACCACUAGUGUGCCAUUAGGCGUUGGCAUCGGAGUUGGUGUCUACUGAUAAGAAAAGAUCUCUAGUAAUAUAUAGUUGGAUCACCGUUGUUUAGUCGAUGGAUAUGUCGAUGUAGCGGUGACAAAUAAAGUGUCACACAACGUCAUGUGUGACCCGCUCAAACUAGUUGUUUAAAUUCUGAAAUAAAAUACAAAUAAAGGUGUAUUAAGAAAA